AUGAAUAUUUCUGCCAUAUACAAGGAACGAAAUUUCAGAGUCCAGGAGAGUGCCAAAAUUCUAUCAGGUAUACAGUCCACCAGACAAAGUAGAGCACUCAUGCAAUAUAGCCAUUAAGUUUAUUAUUUAAGACAGCCAAACUGCUCCAAACCAGCUUGAUUAUUAUAUUUCAAAAUUUUUACAUAGUCAAUGUAUUGCUAUUUUGACCAUCAUUUUCAUAUUGUUCUUACAUCAUUUUAGCGCACUACAAUGGUUCAACGUGUUGUACUGCUCGUGUUGUGUGUAUCAAUAAAGUGUCUGCUUAUCACGGCAGGAAAACUCAAAGGUAACUUUGAAAAUAGUCAGAAAGAUAUAUAAUAUUAUAGACCUUUUGUGACUUGAUUGGGCAAAGAGAACAGUGGGAAUUUCAAAACAUCGAGAAGACAAAAAAGCAUUUCGAUUACUGAAUGGCACUAUUGAAUGACAUAUAUUAAGGGUCAUUGUCGGGAAAUUGUGACUUACAUUCCGUUUUCACCACAGGAGAUAGUAAGGGAUAUAAGAAGACACUCCAGGAGGAAUCGCAGUCUGUGACCAGAACGUCAUCAGUACCAGAGAUACUACGUGAAGCUGUAGACAGUGGUAAGUUUCUUCGUGUACCAUCUUGACUAAUAAACAUUUGGAUCACUCAGUCAGCAAUCUUUUGAAACAAAGUUUCUUUAAAAACAAAGGUUUAGUAGGUUGUGACAUUGAUCUUCAAUGUCGUUCAUAUAUAUGAUCUGGAUCAAAUAAGAAGACAGGUUUUUCCUCUUUUUCAUUGUGUUUACUUUGUUUGAAUUUAGGAUGGCUUGGUAAGAAUGCAGUGGAUAGGAUUGAAAAUAAGCAAACGCACAAAGUUGAAGGAUACUUUAUGAGCAGCGAUACGCGUGUUUCUCAAGGUAAGGUCUCGUCAAGUAAUUUCAAAUAGUGGAUUUAGUAAUGGAUGCUACAAAGUUUCUGAAAUUUACAAUUCUGGUCAAAAUUAGCUUCAAAACAUACCAUCUCCUUGCAAAAACAGUAAUCCCAGACUCAGCAUUCUUUCGUACCUUAAUAUCACUGGUUUUGAAAUUGUAUGAUGACUUUUUUGUUUCAUCAGAUUCAUUAACUUUCUAUGUCUAUUUUAAAAUAUAAUCAGUGCUUUGCUAAGCACUGGCUGUUCUUGCUGUGGUCACAAACAUUAAACUGUGUUUCUACCUUGCAAUAUAGACGAGAGCGAUAUCGGAAUGAAAGCUCUGCAACUUCACAACGUGUUCCGUCUUAUCCAUCAUUCACCACCUUUGUCGUGGUCCAAUGCACUUGGGACGGCCGCGAAGAAUAUGGCUCGUCAGCUGGCGGAACAAAACGCCCAAAUACGAGAUACAAUCCCGGCAUUAAAUAUCUCCGGUAUAAACUUCCGAGUAUAUGGUACGCGGUCGAACCUUGCCAGUCAGGUGGACAAUACAUACGGGGAGAAUACGAUUAAAUUAACAAAUGUUCCAUAUCAUUGCGACUACGGUGUACAAGAGGCAACGAAACGCUGGUACAACCAGGGACAGCAUUUUAGUUUCUCUUCGCCUCAAGUCGAUAAGGACACAUCGUCGUUUACUCAAGUAAUUUGGAAGAAAAGUAAACAGAUAGGGAUUGGCUGUGCAGAGAAGAAUGGCCUGCUUACACAUGAUCUAUAUAUUGUAGCACUUUAUAAUCCGGCUGGUAAUUCUCUUCCGGAGAUUAGGGACAAUGUUCAGCGGCCUGGAAAGACUCAUGAUGUUUAUGGGGAUAUAUACUGA